CCCUCCCUCCCCGUCGCGGCCUCCCCGCAGGUUCCUGGUUAAGAUGGCGUCCCCGGUGGCCAUCGCGGCGCAGGCCGGGAAGCUUCUGCGAGAGCAAGCCCUGCGGCCGCGUCUCCUGGCGGUCAGGUCCCAGGCAGGUCAUUUAACCUCCAGAAGAUGGCUGAACCUGCAGGAGUACCAGAGCAAGAAGCUCAUGUCAGAGCAUGGAGUGCGUGUUCAGAGGUUCUUUGUUGCCAGCACUGCUAAGGAGGCUCUGGAGGCAGCGAAGAGACUGAGUAAGCUGGUCCAGGGGAUGAGCGUUGGCCGUCAGUGGAACUGGCUUCCCACUCGUGUGCCUUUGCUCCGGGUUACACUACCUGGGUGGCAACUUUGA